GGAUGAGGUGGGGAGCACCCCGGUGCUGAGGGACGCCCACCCUGAGCCCUGUCCCCCCAAGCAGGGCUCUGAGAGCUGGGAGGUGGUGGAGGAGCUGCGUUCCCGGGAUAGCCCGGGCCAGGAGCCGCAGCAGCACGAGGGCUACCUGCUCAAGAAGAGGAAAUGGCCCCUGAAGGGCUGGCACAAGAGAUAUUUUGUGCUGGAAAACGGCAUCCUGAAAUACGCCACCACCCGCCAGGACGUCCUCAAGGGCAAAUUGCAUGGGGCCAUCGACAUCCGUCAGUCCGUCAUGUCCAUCAACAAGAAGGCGCAGCGUGUCGACCUGGACACGGAGGAGAACAUCUACCACCUCAAGGUGCUGGGAGGGGGCUGUAGCCAAAACUGGGGACCUCAGAUACCCCCUCACCCACGUCACCCCCACCCCAAUUUGCCCCAAUCCCACAGAUCAAGUCCCCGGAGCUCUUUGCCAGCUGGCGCCCCUGCCCUCUCCACCCUCGCCAGCUCCAGGGACAAGGUGAACGCUUGGCUGAAGGACAGCGAGGGGCUGGAGCGCUGCUCGGCCGAGCUGUCCGAGUGCCAGGCCAAGCUGCAGGAGUUGACGGCCAUGCUGCAGAGCCUGGAGGCCCUGCACCGCAUCCCCUCAGCCCCCCUCAUCUCCCAGCCCUCGGCCGCCACAGAGAGACCCAAGAAGGGCAGGAGGACCACCAAGAUCUGGUGCACCCAGAGCUUUGCCAAGGAUGACACCAUCGGCAGGGUGGGCCGCCUGCACGGCUCCGUCCCCAACCUGCACGGCUCACUCAGCAGCGUGGUGGCCGCGCUGACGGCCGAGAGGGCCCGUCUGGAGGAGAUGCAGCAAGCACUGGACCACCGGCGCUUGGCCCCAAGCCCGGGCAGUGCCGGCAACACUGGGGGGAGGGAUC